AUGAAAUCUGCGUCGUCAUCCUUACAUGGAUUUAUGCUCAACGAUGGGACGGUCAUCAAGGACGGUCCGAAAAUGUGUGAAGAAGCGUGCAAACAUUAUGAAGAAUUCUUCAGUGAAUCCGAAAUAUUUCGACCACAUCCAUAUACUGAUAGUCCUGAUCUUCAAUGGGAAAACUUUGAUGAAGAAAUUCCAUUAUGCACAACCGAAGAGGUUAUUGAUAUCGUCAAUUCUCGCAAAAAGAAGAAGUCAAUAGAUGCACAUGGUUUAUCAAACUUCACCUUCAAUUUUCUCCCAUUGUCGUACUGGUCGCUUCUCGUGGAAAUAUUUAAUCAUUCUUUCUCUGAAGGAACGAUGCCAGAUAGAUGGAAAGAUAGUAGAAUGCUACUUCUAGCAAAAAAAGAUCCUAUAUGUAACCCAGGAUUGACGCGUCCUAUAUCAUUACUCGACGUCUUUCUCAAAGUUAACGAAAAAUUGUUCCAAACUAGAUUUAUGAACAUCGUGAACAGAAGAGGUCUUCUUCCAGAUACACAAAGUGGCUUUCGUCCAAAAUUCAGACUACAAACAAGAGUAUUGUUGUUUUUCGAACAUAUUUCAAGUUUGAUGGCAAAUAGUUCACCAGUGGGAACGAUAUUUGUGGAUUUUCGGAGUGCUUUCGAUCAAUUAUGGUUUCGGGGAUGUAUUGGAAAGCUGAAAAGAAUGGGAAUUCCAAGAAAGUACUUGAUCUGGAUAGAGAAUUGGUUGAUGAACAGGAGGGCUUUUAUUGCAAUAAAAGGUGAACGCUCGAAGUGGUUUCGCAUACGCAAAGGAGGACCUCAAGGCUCAAUAUUUACACCGUUGCUGUUUAUUACUUAUCAUAGCGAUCUUACAGAAACUCUAAAUUGCUGUUUAAGUCACCAUUUCACAGGUGACCUUGCGGCGAUAAUGGGUGGUGGUAUCGGGUUAAAAUAUUCAUUGCAAUGUCUUGAACUUGAAAAAAAACUCUCAAGUUUUUUCAAAGACUUGAAAUACUAUUGCACGCUAACAGCACAGCCGAUUAAUUACAACAAAACGCAAGCACUGUUUUCUGCUAGAGCGAUCGGCUAUCCAGAUAUAGCAUUGAAAUGCGGAAAUAACAAAAUAGAAUGGGUGAAGGAAAUUAAAUAUUUAGGUUAUGUAUUUACCCCCAAGCUUGGAUUUAGUGCUAUGAUACAGAAAACAAUGCUCAAAGUACGUCAAAGAGUUGCGAUGGUCAAUUCAUUUCGUUUGAAAGGCUUCACAUCAACAGCACUGAGAAAAGCUCUAUUCAACUCUUACGUAUUGCCGGUAUUUGCUUGGCUUUUCCCGUUUUUUCCACUCUUUACGGUGAACCAACAGCAGGACUUGAAUGAAUUCUAUACUCGUUGUUUGCGUAGAGUUAUGUACUGUAUGCACUGGAAUUCGUAUUUUUUUAUGUACGCUACUAAUGAAUUGUCACUCGAAGACCGAUGUAAAAAGUAUUGGGAACGAUAUUGGCUCGCGUUGGCAGACACAACAGACGGUCUCUUGAUAUUUGAACAAGGCAAUCUAAAUGUAAUACGAGAAAAUUGGUUGCGCGGAGAGAGUAGGAUAAAUGGUAUUCAUCGGUCUAAGAGAUAUGUCGAACACACAUCACUUCUUGAGAAAUGUACUUCCUGGUGCGCAAACAUCCCCUCGUAUGAUUCUAAUAUCAACUAUGAGCUGGAAGAAGUCGUCACUUUAUAUGAGUUCCCAGAAACUUUCUAA